UUGCAGACAUUCCUCAAAGCAUACUUCUCUCAUCUUCAACACACGUCCAACAUGAAGGUGGCAAUCCUUGGAGCCACAGGCCAAAACGGCACAUCGAUUGUUGAGGGCUUACUCGCAUCGGUCGAACCAAAAUUCGAUAUCACCGCCCUUGUCCGACCUUCCUCAUUGAAGAAACCCAAUGUCAUUGAGUUACAGGGAAAGGGCGUCAACAUCCUGUCAUUCAGCCUUGAUGACCCCGAGGACCAUCUCGCAACUCAGCUAAAAGGCAUCGAUGUUCUUAUUGUUUGCUGCCUGCUUGAUGAAACCAUUCUUGCCAACGCAGCCAAGAAGGCAGGGGUGAAACGAUAUGUUCCAUGCUUUUACGCUACGGUCAUGCCCAGAGGCAUCCAAACUCUGCGAGAUAACAAAGAGGCUGUCUUGGAUCACAUUCGGAGACUGCAUCUCCCCUACACCGUCAUCGACGUCGGUUGGUGGUACCAAAUCAGCCUUCCACGUCUGCCCUCUGGCCGCAUUGAUCGCAACCUUUUUCUCUACAACACUGCUAUCGGAGGCAAUGGUGAUAUACCUUGUGCCAGGACUGAUUCCCGCGAUGUGGGCAAGUAUGUUGCUCGUAUCAUCGCCGACCCAAGGACAUUGAACCAGAAGGUCUUUGCCUACACCGACCUUCGCACUCAGCACGAGCUAUAUGAUACAGUUGAGAAACUCAGUGGCGAAAAACUGGAAAGAAAAUACUGCUCUGCCGAUGAGAUUGAAAACGGUAUCGCCAGAACCAAAGGUGAUCCCAACAAGAUGAUGGAUUACUUCCAGUUCACCUACCAAAAGUCAUAUGAUAUUAUGGGAGAAAACACACCUGAAUACGCACGUUAUUUGGGCUACCAGAUCGGCAAGGAUCUCUAUCCCGACAUGGAAAGAAUCUCGUUUGAAGAUUUCUUUAAGGAGACAUUGGAGAUUGGCUUGAAGCCAAUGUAUGAAGAAUAUGGAGAUCUGCUGCGAGGGACUAGCUCUUUCAUUUUCAAGGGUGAAGCUUGA